UAUAUAAAACAAGUGAAAUUUAACUGUUAUCAAAUGCUCAUUUUUUAGGAGGUUUUUUGGCAAAUAGUCUAGCUAUUGCAACAGAUGCUGCCCACCUACUGACAGACUUUGCUGGUUUCAUGAUAAGCUUGUUGGCUUUGUGGCUAGCUUCCAGACCAGCUACAAAGAGGAUGAGUUUUGGAUGGUAUAGAGCAGAGGUGAUAGGAGCCCUAACUUCAGUACUGCUAAUCUGGGUGGUGACUGGUGUGUUAGUGUAUAUGGCUAUACAGAGAAUCAUCAUGCAUCAUUACGAAAUUGAUGCUACUAUUAUGUUGAUAACUGCCUCUAUAGGAGUGGUUAUUAAUAUCAUUAUGGGAAUAUCUUUACAAGCUGGGGGUGUUCCUCAUUCUCACUCCCAUGGGAGUGAAGAACCUCAAAGUCGAGGGCAUACCUAUAGCAAGGGGAAAGGAAACAUUAAUGUUCGAGCUGCUUUUAUUCAUGUAUUAGGAGAUUUCUUCCAAAGUGUAGGGGUACUUGUGGCAGCACUUAUCAUCUACUUCAAGCCUGAAUAUGUAAUUGUUGAUCCCAUUUGCACAUUUCUGUUCUCUGUCUUGGUUUUGAUAACAACAUUUGCAAUUAUGAAAGAUGCUCUUAAUGUUCUGAUGGAAGGUAUGCCAAGAGGAAUUGACUUCUUAGAAGUGCAAAGAUUACUUUUCAACAUACCAAGUGUGGUAAAAGUCCACAACUUGAGAAUUUGGGCUCUAAGUAUGGACAAAAUUGCUGUAUCUGCUCAUGUAGCUAUUGCAAAAGGAGAAAGUCCCACAGCAGUUCUGAAACAAGCUUCUAGAGAAAUUAGGUCUAACUUUGAUGUUUUUGAGCUGACUCUGCAAGUGGAAGAAUACCGAGAAGUAAUGCAGGAAUGUACACAGUGUCAAGAUCCUAAAGAUUAGGAGUAAAACAAAAUAUCACUACAGACUUUACCAUAAAUAGAAUCAAUAACUAACUUUAUCCAAUAAUCUUGGUCUUCAAUUUCUUUAGAUUUAAUAAAACUUGCUUUCAAAGGUGAAUGCUGAUGAAAAAUACACAUCCAGAAAUUUCUAUCAAAAAUCUUGUCAGCCUGAUCCAUUUCAUGAACAUUUAUAGAGAUUUGCAGUUACCAAGUAAGCACCGGCCACAUAAGAAUAAUAACAAUGUUCAAUCAUGACUAGAUCCUUUGAUGAUAUGUAUGUGCAUUAUUUUUUGGUAUUGGUGCAUUCAUGGUUUUUGCAAUUAACUGUUCUAUGAAUUAAAUUAUCACCAACAAUAUGUAUAAUAUUCCUAGUAUAUUAUCUAGUCAUAUCAAAAACAUUUAAAGUAGUAUGUAGGUUUGUGAUUCCUACAAAUAAACCUUCAACAAGAGUAUAAGACUUGAUUUGCUGUUCCUGGUAUUUACAUACUCUUCAACAGGUAGCAUUUUCAUUGCUUAAAUGUAUUUGUUCAACUCUAUACAUAGUAAAAUUAUCUCUUUUUGUUUUAUGCUAAAUAAAAUUAUAGUUGUUUUUAGCUAUUUUGUUUUUUCAA